AAGGUAAGAAGAAAGGACCCUAACUGAACCAGCACCUAGCACAGGUUAACCAGCCCAGCUCCGCAGGUCUUCGCUUGAGCCACUCCCAAGCAUUAUGCAGUUGAUGGGGCUCGAACUUGUGACCUCCAAGUCACAAGGUGAGUUCCCCACCAACUCCACCAACUUAUGUUGGUUCACCUUAACUGAUUAUUAAGGGUGUUUUUAAUCGACAUCCGAAUUAGUUAAAAAUACAUUGCGUAUUUAUGAUGAAAGGACGAGAAUACCCUAUAAUUAAAUCAAUCCCCUUCACCCCCGUGUUUAGCAGCUAUAACCAUGGACAUGCUGCCCUUGUUUGGCGGUCACCAUGGUCACAGCCGCUAAACACGGGUGCCUGGGCGGCACCCUUCCCCUUCCCCUUCCGUUAAACACGGGUGGCACCCUUCCCCUUCACCCCGUGUUUAGCAGCUAUAACCAUGGACAUGCUGCCCGUGUUUGGCGGUCACCAUGGUCACAGCCGCUAAACACGUGCGGCACCCUUCCCCUUCCGUUUUCGUUCCUUUGUUCCCCCUCUCCUGUUUUAUUCCUUUUUUUUUUAAAAAAUCCUGAUUUUUUAUUACUGAUUUAUUUCGUUUUUCUAAUUUUUUUUUUAUGAAUUAAUUAUUUUCAGAUUAUUGUUGUAAAGUUUAAUUAAUUUUCAGACAUUUUUAUUGUUAUUAUUAUUAAAUUAGUGAUAUUUUUAUUGUUAUUAUUACUAUUAUUAUUAUUGUUGUUGUUGUUUUAAUACUAUUAUUACAAGGUAGAAUUUUAUAAGGGUAUAAAUGUCACUUCACAUAAAAACGCGGUCGAUUUUAGUGUACGCGGAUGUCGAAUAGCAAUACACAAAACUUAUCUAGUGUAUAAUUGUAUAUUUAGUUCCCUCUCUUUUAAAAUUUUAAGUAUAUACCAAUUGUGUAAAUUCUUGAUAUUUUACUACUGGUUCGGUGGUUUCCAUAAUUAAACUAUUAUUAUAAGAUCCCACGCACGGAGUGAUCGAACAAUACUUGGUCGGAAAGAAAAUAAGGAAACAUAGGACAACAUAAGUAAUGCUCUUUUCGUACUUCUUUCCUUUUUUCUUUUUUUUUUUGGGUUUAAUUUCCUUUUCCUAGCAUUGUUUGAAUUUGUACGAUAAUCAAGUACUCCAUAUGCCUAUAUAUAAGACCUUAUAACUUGCAUGGAAAUAAGCAAUCCAACUCACAAUUGCAAAGAAAGAUACAUUAGCGUUAAUUAUUAUCGGUGAUUAUGGGUUUAACAAAAUCUAACCAUACCAUCAAGAAAACAACAUCAACAAAAAAGAAAUCAACCAGAAAAAUAUCAAAAAGAAAGCAUGGAGCUCAAAUUAAAUCGGCAACUACCAUGGACUGCCUCCCUAACGAGAUGAUCGCUGAAGUACUCGCUCGUCUCGCCGCCUCCUCUCCGGUUGAUCUUUUCCGAUGCAAACAAAGUUGCAAGGUAUUUCAUGAGAUAUCAGAAGAGAAGCAAGUUCUGCAAAAAGUAUCCUUAGAGACGUUAGUUUAUCAACGUGAUUGGUGGACGGAGGAGGCGUCGAAACCGUUCGUGACGAGGUGCCUAGAAAGCGACAACCCUGAAGCACUUCUACAUCGUGGAAUGGCACAAUAUUUUGGUGGUACGGGUACGACGAUGGUGGAACAAGGGCUAAGAAAUCUGGAAAAAGCAGCAACACAAACAAGUAUAGAGGCGGCUUACGUGUUGAGCCUCAUAUUUCUUUCAAGUGAAGAAAAGGAGUGUGUAAAUAAGGGUCUUGAAAUGAUGGUGAAUACAAUGAAGGCAAUUGGGGUGAAAGGGAUUGUUGAAUGUAGGAAGAAAGUAAGAGAUAUGAUUAAUUCAAUGUGGUUAGCAAAUAAGGCGAUUGUUGAAAGUAAGCCAAAUAUUUCGUGUGCUAUGAGAGAACAACAUCAAGUAAGUAGUGGAUGGGAUAAUGGAUAUUAUGAUGAAGAUGAAAAGGAUAAUGUGGGUUGUCAAACUUGUAAGUGUGUUCGGGAACUUGACUUCUUUUCUAGUUUUUUUUGCUAAUUUCUAAACAUUACUUAUUACUUUUAUCUGUUUGUGUAAGUUUAUCACAAAUUUUUAUAUAUAUAUAUAUAUAUAUGAUAAUUCACUUUUACAAAAUA